UGGAACACAAUGGGUCAGCAGGGAGAAGACCCGGAGAGACCAGCAUAUACCUCACCCUAGCCACUGUAUCAAGACACACUUCAAAAAACGGUUUCCUUAUUGUGCACACACCAAAGAAAUUGUGCCUGUCUACACACAAAACGACUGUCAUCCUCGGAAAAUGCAAUGUCACCAGUCCCUAUCAACAAUGGGAAUGGACGAACGAUAUGAAGUUGCAUCACACACAAUCAUCCAAGUGUCUCUGGGCCAACACGAGCAGUGCAAUACCUCGGCACGCGCGCCUGGCCUCGAUCAGCAACUGUGACAGCGCACCUGCCUGGAAAUGUUACGACAAACUGGGUACUUUCGGGUUAGCGAAGAAGCCCAUGUACCUGAAGAAACAAGGUAUACGCGUUGUAAUUAGAGGAGAUCAGAGUUAUUCUAACUGGACAAAGUACGAAGAAGUCGACUCAGGAGGGAGACAGGUGAUGACACAUUUAUGCGCGCGUAAAGGGUCCACCACCAUCUCAACCACCAGAAUGUAUUCAUCAACACACAAACCUGUGGCAUACACCAGCACUGUCCACGCCAUCAGAACGGCCCCUAUAACAGCCAUAAACACUCACUCUUCAUCAAACACUAUGAGAACCCAUAGUAGGACCCCACGGCAGAUCUCUAUUUUAAGAGUUCCCAUCACAACGCCUAAGAGUGUGGUGACCUAUGAGUCUAUGGUGGCAACGCACACUUAUGACAUCGUCAAGACUCAGACGAGAUGGAUGGCUACGAUGGGUCUUAUUCCCAGUUCCAUCUCAACGGCCAUCACAUCAUCAGGGGCAGCUCUCAACGACAGCCAUGAUUUUAUCUUGUCCAUUCCUGCUUUGUCCACAACUGACUCUGCCAUGGACAAAACGGUGAAUGCUGCCACCGAAAAUGCCCUCCUCGACUCGAGGAACGAUGCCAAGAUUCCAUCAGUAAACCAAGCAACUUCCAGUUCCACCCCCAUUAUUGUAGAUAAGCUGGUGUCAACUGACCCUACCACUACUGUGGUUUCCUCUACAAUUUCCUCAGUGCCCAACUCAAGUGCUAAGACAGAUUCAAAAUCCACUUCUGCAUCCGUAGACGUUACCGCUGAUGCUAAAGUCACAACUUCUGUUGCUUUAUCUACCCCAACCCCUGAUUCCACCACUAAUUCUGCUGCUACCACCAUACCUAUCGGUACCACAGCAUUGUCCACAACUAGGAAAUUACCCCCCAGAAAGACUGUUCCAUCUACACCCAAAACCACAACAAUGCAGACUACAACAACCGCUGCCCCUACUACUCCUAUUGUCGCCCAAACAACUAUGACUACAGCAAAUCCCAAAAUGAAAGUAGCCCCAACCACAACCGCCACAGCCUCACUCACAAUAACUUCAACUCCUCCCACAAUAUCUUCAACAGUAAAGACUACAGCUAAACCCAAAAAGAAAAUAGCCCCACCCACAACCUCCACAGCCCCACCCACUACCUCUUCAACUCCACCCACAACCCAUCCAAUCACAUCUACAACAGCCCAACCCACGACCACUACCACCCCUCCCACAACUACAACAAACCUGCCCACAACUACCAAGAUUUUGCCUACAACUACCGCAACCACAACUACCACAACCACACCCACAACUACCACAACCACACCCACAACUACCACAACCACAUCCACAACUACUACAACCACAUCCACAACCACUACAACCAUAGCUCCACUCACAACUACCAAAACCACACCCACAACUACCACAACCACACCCACAACUACUAUAACCACACCCACAACUACCAAAACCACACCCAUAACUUCCACACCCACUACUACCACAUCCACAACUACCACAACCACACCCACAACCACUACAACCAUAGCUCCACUCACAACUACCAAAACCACACCCACAACCACACCCACAACUACUAUAACCACACCCAUAACUUCCACACCCACUUCUACCACACCCACACCCACUACUACCACAACCACAACUACCACAGCCCCACCUACAACAGCUACAGCUCCAACAACAACUACUACAGUACCGACUACAACCACAGAGUUGACCACCACCCCACAGGUCGAGACCACUGAAGCAGUGAAGUGUUCAUUUAACCUGACUGAAAUCAGCGCCAAUACGGAUUCUAUUGCACUGAAAUUAAUAACUAAAGGAGAAGCGUGUAACUUCACCGUGUUUUAUGAGAAUGGUCUGUCCGGUAUAACGGAUUGUGAUCAAUAUGGGGAGGACAGUAACGUGUAUAUCUGCGAUAUAAGGGAUUUGGAACCUGGGACAUUACACCAAUUCGAAGUUAUAUCGAAGAAUGAUGGAGAGAGGGGCAACGUAUCAGUGCAAACAGACCCAGUGGGUCCAUCCAGGUUGGACGUACUACCAGACCAGGUCCAGGCAGCCCAGUAUAAGAGUCCUAUUCAGGGUCAGGGUGGCUCCCGUGGCCUGCACAUAUCCUGGCCUCGUUCUCAUGGGCAGGUCAACUGGUAUGAGCUCACACUACAGGACACCAAAACAGGGACGAGCCGCAGUUCCCGCGUCAUGGGUACUGCCGCCACUCAGUCUCACUUCACCGCCCUCACCCCUGGAACCCUCUAUGCCCUCAGCCUGGUGGCAACGGCUGGGAAUAAAACAGCCCUGCCAGUGCUGGCCACUGCAUCCACAGCUCCCUCAGCCGUCAGCGGUCUUCAGCUCUCUCCCUCCUCCAGCAGCCUGGGUGUUUCCUGGCAGCCCGGCCCAGGCAGGAGAGAGGGAUUCAGGUUGCUGCUGAGGGAGCAGCAGGGCGGCCUAGUCAGGAACGUCACCCUUAAGAGUAGUGUCACCUCCCACACCCUUGACGACCUGUUGCCUGGGACCCUGUACACUGUCACCGUGGUGACUGAGGCUGAAGGUCUCCAGAACGCCAUCUCCAAACAAGCAGUCACAGCUCCUGUGGCGGUGUCAGACCUCCUCUUGGAGAACAACGGCAGUCUGGACACCCUGAGGGCCUCCUGGGUCAAAGCUAGGGGCGGCGUGGAUGCAUACCUGGUCUCCCUGGCAACCCUGGGCUCAGCCAAUCAGGACAGGAAGCUUCCCCCAAACGCCACAGAGGUGGUCUUCAGCGGCCUGACCCCUGGACGGCUCUAUCAGGUGACCGUGAGUUCAAAGGUCGGAGAGCAGACAACUGAGGCUGUGGCCACAGGCAGAACAGUGCCAGACAAGGUGUCUCAGCUGUCCAUGGUGGGCGUCAUUGAUGGCAGCACUAUGAAGAUUACAUGGUCGCCCCCUAGAGGGGACCGGGAGAACUACCGUGUCCUGCUACUGAAUGGCACAGUGGCUCUACUCAAUGAGACAGUGAGCAGGCUGGUUAGACAGUACUCCUUCUCUGGGGCUUACUUGGGGCUGGUGCCUGGCAGGCUCCACACAGCUCAGGUCAUGGUGGAGAGCGGUCUGUUUGGCAACACCGCUCAAUGUCAGGGGAGGCUAGCCCCUCGGCCUGUCCAGCAGCUGGUGGUCCGACACAGUGAUGAGACGUCUCUGAGCGUGCUUUGGUCUCGUCCAGAGGGGGUGUGGGACGGGUACACCGUGGUCUUGAGACAGGCGGACACUGUUGUGUCACAGAGGACACUGUCCCGUGACGCCAGGGAGUGCACAUUCAACGUCCUCAUGCCCGGACGCCAGUACGCCAUUGCCGUCACGACCAACAGUGGGGGCCUAAACAGCUCGGCUUCAGUGAUUGGACGAACUACCCCGGCGCAGGUGACCAGUCUGCGUGUGACCAACGGUGGUAGCACAGACAGCCUCCAAACCCAGUGGGAGCGGGCGGCUGGCGAGCUGGACUCGUACCGUGUGCUGCUCAUCCAUGACAGCAGUGUGAUCAAGAACAAGAGCACCUCGGCCCACACCACAGCCUACAGCUUCCUGGCGCUGAAGCCUGGAGCCCUCUACAGGGUGGUGGUCAUCACUGUCAGGGCCGGACAGGCCUCCAGGCAGAAUGUGGCAGAGGGACACACAGUCCCUGCUGCCGUAGGUGUGGUGACAGUCAGUAACAACGGUCGUAUGGACUUCCUCAGUGUGUCGUGGCGACCAGCCCAAGGCGACGUGGAUAGUUACCUGGUCACCCUGAGGGACCGUGAGAGGACCGUCCACACCCUGGUUGUGUCCAAGUCCAGCCCUGAGUGUGUGUUCAAGUCCCUUGUGUCUGGACGGCUCUAUAACAUCUCUAUCAUCUCCCGCAGUGGAGUCUAUGAGAAUCACACCAUCGUGCAGGAACGCACACAGCCCUCUAGUGUCCAAAACUAUGGGAAGUAUGAGACCAGCAUGUCCACAGACGGAAGGACCUUCCCUGCGGCGGUGGGAUCACUAGCCCUGGCUGGGCGGGGCACGGAGGACCUUCGUGUCACCUGGUUGGCUGCUCCGGGGGACGUGGAUCACUACGAGGUGCAGCUCCUCUUCAACGACAUGAAGGUGUUCCCACCCAUCACCCUGGGCAGCAACGUGGGGAAGUGUGUCCUUUCCUCCCUCACCCCAGGACGCCUCUAUAAGAUCCACGUUUCCACCUUCAGCGGACCCAACCAGAGGGCCCAGUUCAUAGAGGGCAGGACAGUUCCGAGCAAGGUCAAGAACAUCCACGUAAGCAACAAUGGGCAGAGCAACAGCCUGAAGAUCAGCUGGACCCCGGGGCAGGGUGACGUGGACAGCUACUCUGUGUCCCUGUCACUGGACGGGCCAGAGGGACGCAUGCUGGAGACGCGACCCGUACCCAAACACCUGAAUUAGCUGGGGUUCAGCUCCCUGCAGCCUGGACAGCUGUACAGUGUGACUGUAAGGUCUAUCAGUGGUAUACUGUUGAACAACAACACGGCCAGCGGACGCACCGUCCCCUCUGCAGUGACGGGCCUGCAGGCUGACAACAGACACACCACCUGCAGUAUUCAGGUCAGCUGGCAGGAGGCCCGGGGCGUGGCGGACGGCUACAGCCUGCAGCUGCUGGACGACAGGGGACACCUGGUCACCAACAGCUCCCAGGCCUCCUCCGGGUCCACACCGCUCCAGCACCAUUUCGACGGCCUCACCCCGGGGAAGAGGUACCAUAUCCUGGUCCACACCACCAGCGGAGGGGUCCACAGCGAGGGGGUCACCACUGAAGCACGCACGCGUCCGGCGGCGGUUAGCAACCUCUCCAUCCAGGCCAACAGCAGCAGCAGCCUGUCCUUCCACUGGUCUCCCCCAGAGGGAGAGUUGGAAGGUUACGACCUCUACCUGUACAACGGAGACGACACCCUGUACGACCGGCGCAGCAGCCUGCCCAACACGCUGCAGGUCUCCUUCCAGGGCCUGAGGCCUGGUGCCUCCUACAGGAUGGUGGUGUUAACACGCAGCGGAGAGCAGACCAACGACACAGCUAUCUGGGCCAGGACUGUCCCGGCUGCAGUGACGUCUCUGCAGGCCCGGAGUCAUCACCAGUCGGAGGUGCUGUGGGUGUCGUGGGAGCGUGCAGCGGGGGAGCUGAGCGGCUACUUGCUGUCUGUCUACAACCCAGAUGGCUCCCAGCAGGCAGAGGAGUCUCUAGGGCCCGACGCCACGGAGCAUGCCGUCCCCACUCUGAUCCCCGGGCGCCUAUACCAUGCUGUCAUCCUCACCCGCAGUGGCGAGCUCACAAACAGGGCCACCACUCAGGGCAGGACCGCCCCCAGACCCCCUACCUCUGUGUCAUUCGGCGGGGUCACCAACACUUCACUGGAACUGACCUGGAGUGGUCCUGCAGGCAGCGACUACGACGACUUUGACCUGCAGUGGGCCCCCCGGGACCACCUGUCUGUGUUCAACCCCUACCACACCCGGACCUCCGGCAGCCGCAUCCUUAAGGGCCUGUACCCCGGACGCCUGUACAACUUCAGCCUGCGUACUGUCAGUGGGGCUGUUCGUGGUGUUGGUGAGGAUGGGAGCCCUGCCUACAGCCUUCCCAUCCACAAGAGCAUCCGAACCAAGCCAGAGCGUGUUCAGUACCUACACUGCCGCCCCCAGAACUCCACCUCUAUCUCCUGCUCCUGGGCCCCCCCGGAGGCUGACUAUGACUCCUACACCAUUGAGUGCCUCCACCGGGACUCCCGCACCCUGGUGUACUCCCGGCGUACGGGCCGCGACAGCACCCUCUACCACAUCACCCAGCUGGAGCCACACAAACGCUACACCGUCUCCAUCAAGGCCAUCUCCGACAGCAUGACUAGCGAGGCCGCUGAGGAUAGCGUGGUCACCAUGAUCGACCGUGAGUACCAAAGGGGUUGUGUUUAGCUUGUGGUCACAGUG